AUGACCCUGGAAGGAAUCCUAAACCUUUAUUCCGUGUGCAACGACAAAUAUGUUAAGUACGAGGAAAUGUACCGUGCAAAUUUACACAAAGGCGGCAGUAAGAAACUGAGCGAGGAGUGCUUAGAGUGUAUUUUAGUGACCAAUACCAGACCAGCAGCAUGCAGUAACUUCAAUGCGCCCUGCGACAAGACCCUGUUGCUCGCAUUGUUGACACUAAGUGGAUUACGCAUAAUGAGUGGCGACUACGUGGGGGAAGGGGCUCCUGAAGAAAUGAUCGGCAUAUGGCUCAGAGCAGAGGAGAAGAGGGACCUGGCAUGGCUUGCCUAG